AUAGGAAGGCCCACCAACAAGAGAUAACAGGUAACCUCGACUUUUCACGUGACCCGAUGUCAUCAUCGCGUUUAUCUACACUGCUCCAUCCUGGUCUGGUCUCGUGCGAGCCGUACACUCUGCUGUUGAUGCUUCAUCCCGCAUCCAUGGGUCGCUCUCUUUCCAGCUGCAAUACUGGAGCCUUUUAGAAAGACUCGAUUUACUGGCCCUGUCCUAUCCUAGUUCAACCCUGGGAUGGCCCCUAACAAGAUCGAAAUCACCGUCCCAACGACGACCACCUCCACCACAUCCCCCCCUUACACAAUCUACAGCAUCACCCUCCGGCUCCCUCUCCGCUCCUUCACUGUCCAGAAGCGCUACUCAGACUUUCUCGCAUUCCACUCCAUACUCAUAAACCAAGUCGGCACGCCGCCCCCCGUCCCACUCCCCGGAAAGUCAUGGUUCUCCAACACCGUCUCGAACACAACACUCCGCGAAGAAAGGCGACGGGCCCUCGAAACCUAUUUACAAGCAAUAAACGAUGCCGCUGAUUCUCGAUGGCGUAGCUCCAGCGUCUGGAGGGCGUUUCUGAACCUUCCCAGUUCUGCAGCGAGGGAGUCUGCAUCUGCAUCCAGAUUACACGCAGCCAUCACGGAACCGGGGGCGGGAGACCUCAUUCGCGAUCCGAUAUUAUGGCUGGAUUGUUAUCGCGAUAUGAAGGGUCAUCUACACGAUGCGCGGUUACAUCUGACGAGGCGCGAUCAGGAGACGACACCGCAGAAACAACAUGAGAGCUCGGCGCAUGCGAAGAGCAGUCUUGUCAGGGCUGGUUCGUUGAUUAGCUCCUUGGAAGAGGGGCUGAAUAAAUUGACCGUUGGAAAUACCGAUACUGAUACCGAUGCUGGUUUGGGCGAUGGGGAGCUCCGACGAAGGAGAGACCUUCUCAUUAAUUCGCGCAAGGAGAAAGAUGGGCUGGAGAAUCUGUUGCAUGCCAUGGCUGCUAAGAGCAGGGUGGAUUCUACGCUUGCGUCAGUCCAAGAUAAGGAGGCUUUGAUGGGCAUUGGUAAUGGUAAUGGCGGUUCUGGUGCGAGGAAGUCGACUAGGUCCGGUAGGGUGCUUGGGAAGGAGACCGAGCGGACACGUGAGCUGGAUAAUCAGGGUCUGGUUCAGUUGCAGAAACAGACCAUGCAGGAGCAAGAUCAGAAUGUUGAACAGUUGGGGAAGAUUGUUUCGAGACAGAAGGAGUUGGCUAUUCAGAUUAAUGCCGAGUUGGAGGUGCAGAAUGAGUUGCUCAGAUUGACUGAUGAGGAUGCUGAUAAGCUAGGUCGCAAGAUGGACAUCGCCAAGAGGAGAAUUGGGAAGAUAUCUUGAAUGCAUACCAGGAGCAUUGUUUCUACAUCUCAACAUUAUCAUUUGCUUGGAGCGGCGUCGAGGAUCCCAUAUCUUUCGUUCCAUGUACAUACAUAUCUACGCUUCAGCGAAUUAUAGAGUCUGGGUA